AUGAAUGUGGACGAAUUGAAGGCGUUCCCGCGGGAAUUGACCUCGUUAUACCGGCUAACGACUCCAAUCCUGGAACUGGUGAAACUCCUCUGCAAGGUGAUCAGUCUGGAUAAAACCGUGGAACAGGAGGCGGUGAUCAUCCGCCGCCAAUUGCUUCGCAACCUCAAAGUGAAGGAAUUCGCGGGGGAGGCGCAGUUUUCGGACCCGUUUCAUUCGUUCGUGAUCCCCGCGGUUGUGUGUCCGUACUGCAAUUUCACGGUGAAUUUGGACAUUUGCAGCGAUCCGGAGUUGCAGGAGUCGGCGAAGAUUCGGCCGUGGCGGUGCCGCGAAUGCGACAGUCCGUAUGACAUGAUGAGCAUCGAGAUGGCGCUGAUUGAGAUGUGUGGACAGAUGGUUUAUGGGUAUGCGACGCAGGACUUGAGCUGUAAAAAAUGCCAGCAGAUUCAGCGAAGCAAUCUGGACAUGUAUUGCUCAUGUAGUGGAAACUGGGGAAAUAAGGAGAUGCAAGCGGAGAAGGUGCGGGAGCUGAUGAAGAUUGUGAAGGAGAAGGCGGAGUUCCAUGGCAUGAAGUGGCUGAGUGAAACGUUGGAGCGAUAUGGCAUAGAGUGAAUGAUUGUUGUUGUUGUAUGAGAAAGGAAGAGGGAAGGUGUUCAUAGUCUUACUAAAAAUGGGAUUUGUUGGA